AUGCCUAAUCAGCCCCGUCUUCAUUCAGCAGGUUGUAGCCCGCCUUCCUCCAGCAGCAGGUGUAGCCCGCCUUCCUCCAGCAGGUGUAGCCCGCCUUCCUCCAGUAGCUGCAGCCCGUCUUCGCUCAGCAGUCCGUCUCGCAUCACUAUUGACGAUCUUUUAGCCGAGAAAUCUACCUUUGCAAACCUCACUAUUCGAAAAAUUGGACACCACAAAGAGGCUCGCGGCCAUUCAGGCUGGGAGCACGAGUUCCUAGUGGCCGAGAUGUAUAAUGACUCGGAGGGAAUCAUCCCACUAUUGCCCGACGUCGUACGAGUCGUACUCGGGGACACCUUGCAUCCCAUUCCACUUCUGGACGUCUUGUCCCACUUUGGCUAUCAUCCUUCUAAUCUCGGUCGAUCUUGUGAAUUUGAUUCACCUCCUUCGGUCGGUGAGAUAGCAUCUGUACUUGCAGAGAAGAGUAUAGCGGGAGGGGAGUAUUCUUCUCGUGACAAGAAUUGCUAUUGGUAUGCCAAUGCCGUCUUCAACCAUUGUUCGAAUACCUAUGGGGGUGGGAUAUCCAAAGGCCCAUAUUAUGAUGACCUUGGACGUUUCAUGGGCGGUGCACCACAUAAUGCCGUUAAAGAAGGACUUGUGAAUGUUGUCGGUUACGGUGCUGGCAUCGUUGUCGGUGUUGGUGUUGGGAUAGCCUCUCUCCCUCUGAUAUUUGGUGGAGUCGCUGUUACCACUGCGGUCAUCCUUGUGAAAGGGAAGGGGGAAUCUCAGGCUGAGCCUUUACGGUCAUAGGGACAGCUCAGGUGCCCUGUAUCAAGAAUAGUUUCAGUCCUUCUGGACAUACUUACCCCACAGCACGCUACGAUUGCGGUAGUGGCCAUCAUCAUGAAGCUGGUACUUUACGGAAUUGCUUGCUGCUUAAUCCUCGGACGUGGCCCCCUUCGUUGACCCCUCACUCUGCUCAUUCCCCUCUAUAUCCUUCCUCGGCACCUGGAGACAUCGACGAAUUGUUAUAAUACCCCCCGCAUAUAUCUCAUUGUUGACGCUCUUCUGCAUACCCAUCUGGCCCAAUCAGUGUAACGUGACAGAUAUCUAAUGAUGAUCUCUUUCAUCCUAGUUUCUCAUCGAUCUCAUCCUGCGACAGGGCUUCACGUUGACUAUUGUACAAUACUGAAUGUGUACUAUCAAUUGUU